UUAAUUAAAAAAAAAAAAUAAAAAUUAUGCGAUGGCACAAGCAGCUCCUUCUUCAGCAUCUCCCGUAGAACAAAAAUUACAUUUUUCAUCAUAUUUUAAUUUAAAUAGUUCAUUUAAAAUGCCAAAACUUAACACAAUAUUUCUAAUAUUUAUUCAUUCCCUUUGUUUGUGGCACAUUGAUGCCAGAACAAGUGAUUCCGAGGAAUAUAUGAAGCGAGAACAUUCCUUAGUGAGUCCAUUUCAUGGUUCGGGAAUGAAUCUUCCAUAUUGGGACUUCCUCGGCAACACAAUGGUCUUGAAUAAUUUCAUUAGACUGACGGCUGAUAUGCAAUCAAGAAGUGGAGCGAUAUGGAAUUUAGCGCCAUGCAUGUCACGAAACUGGGAAAUACAUGUUAUGUUCAAAGUUCAUGGCAAAGGUUCUGAAUUGUUUGGCGAUGGAUUUGCUAUUUGGUAUGCAAAAGACCGAAUGAUCUCUGGCGAAGUAUUCGGAAGCAAAAACUUGUUCUCCGGCUUGGCUAUUAUAAUGGACACUUACAGCAAUCAUAAUGGUCCACAUAAUCACAAUCACCCUUUCUUAAGUGCGAUGGUUAAUAAUGGUUCCUUAAGUUAUGACCAUGAUCGGGAUGGAACCCAUACACAAUUGGCCGGAUGUGAAGUACGUUUCCGCAAUGUCGCUUUUGACACGCAAGUCAGAAUACGUUACGAAAAUGAUAUUCUAUCGGUUUCCACGGAUUUGGAAAAUACCAACGAAUGGAAGAGUUGCUUUGUUGUGAAAGAUGUCGAACUCCCAACUGGAUAUUACUUUGGAAUAUCAGCAACUACCGGUGAUCUCUCCGAUAACCAUGACAUUCAUUCAUUUAAAUUCUACGACUUGGAUACGGAUUUCACACAUGAGCAAGCUAUUGAACGAACCAAACUUAUUCCAAAUGCAAAAAGUUUCGAACCACCACGAGAACAUAAAGACGAUUCUAAACCAGGAAUGUCCAACGCAAAGAUAUUCUUCAUUCUUCUCUUUGGAAUGUUGGCAUGCAUCGCUGUUUGCAUAUUUGCAAUUUCCUACUACAAAGAGAAGAAUUCAAGAAAACGAUUCUAUUAAAAGAUUCUUUUUCUUUCCUAGUGCAAAUAUUAUUAAACAAACAAAUUAAAAAAAGAAGAAAAAAAGACUCGACUGAAGAUCUUAGUCAUUGAUUAUAAGUUACUCCAAAGAAGCCUAUACUCAUCAUCUUACUUGAUCUUUUGCUUGUAAGAUAGUUUGGCAAUGCAUUGAUUUAUUAUUAUUUCAAAGAACAAAA